CGUUGGUACUGAUAGACGGUAAACAUUAACGCAUAAUCACAUGAUUUAUUUAAGAAAUUAAAAAAAGAGUACGGAAAUACUAAAGCCAGUUUUCAUGCUAUUUUAACUUCGUUUUUCCACUUUAGACCCACAUCUUUGCGUUAGAACUUCUUGUUAAUUUAAGGUGAUUAUAAAAUAAGAAAAGGUUUGAUUCAGAUUAUACUAAUAAUACCAACCUCACUACGGCGCUAUAAAUAUAAUAUAUAUAAAUAUAGGCUUGGUGCUUCUGAUAAAACUUAAAAAGCCAACCAUGACGGAUCUGACAAUAGUCUCCUCAAAAAUUAAUUCUGUGCUCUCAUCCCUCCCAGAUGACAUUGAAAAGGGAGGUGUUUUAGCUGCAACAAGUGUACUGCAGCAGAGAGCUAAUGACAUUCGAUCUCAGCGAGUCAACUGGCAGUCAUACUUACAGAGCCAGAUGAUUAGUCAGGAGGAUUACAAUUUUGUUGUGGCAUUUGAUGCAUCCACUCCAGAACAAAGAGAAACCAUUUUGUGUAGUCAGCGAGCACAGUGUGCUAGAACAUUUCUAAACUUACUUGGCCAUAUUUCAAAAGAUCAAACUAUUCAGUACAUCUUGAUAAUGAUUGAUGAUAUGUUACAGGAAGAUAAAUCGAGAGUGGAAAUUUUCAAGGAAUAUUCAAAGAAGAAACGAGAAACUGUCUGGAGCCCUUUUCUAAACCUUUUGAAUAGACAUGAUGGUUUUAUAAUGAACAUGACAAGCCGUAUUCUAGCAAAAAUAGCUUGUUGGAGUAGGGAGCUCAUGGAUGGUUCAGACCUUCAUUUUUAUCUAACGUGGCUGAAAGAUCAGCUCCGAAUGCCGGCAAACGAAUACAUCCAGUCUGUUGCGAGGUGUCUUCAGAUGAUGCUCAGAAUUGAUGAAUAUAGACUAGCCUUUAUUGCUGUUGAUGGAAUUUCUACGCUCGUUACUGUCCUUGCUGGACGUGUGAAUUUUCAGAUCCAGUAUCAACUGGUUUUCUGCAUAUGGGUAAUGACCUUCAAUACAAAUCUUGCAGAAAAGAUGAACAAAUUCAACAUAAUUCCAAUCUUAGCAGAUAUACUUAGUGAAUCGGUUAAGGAAAAGGUUACUCGUAUUAUUUUGGCUACCCUUCGAAAUCUCAUAGAAAAACCUGAAGAUAGUGAUGUAAGCAAAGACAACGCUAUAGCUAUGGUACAAUGUAAAGUUUUGAAGCAACUCGACAUUCUCCAAGGUAGAAAGUUUGAUGAUCCCGACGUCAUGGAAGAUAUCGAGUUUUUGAACGAGAAACUUUUAGCUAGUGUGCAAGAUUUAAGGUGUUGUUGAAUUUUUUUUAUUCUG